GUUUCGUACGCGGUGCCGCAGCCCGUGUGGAAGCCGGUGGACCUGCACGGCAACGAGAUCCUGGCGCAGGCGGCCCACGGGCGGGCGCUGCACGCCCCGGUGAAGAUCUGCGCAGCGCCGGACGGGAAGCGGUUCGGUUGCCUGUGCGGGAAGCGGUUCGCAGUGAAGCCCAAACGGGACCGGCACAUCAUGCUGACCUUCAGCCUGCGGCCGUUCGCCUGUUCCGCUUGCCACAAGCGCUUCAAGCUGAAGCAUCACUUGACCGAGCACAUGAAGACGCACGACGGGGCGGCCAGAGCCUGCGAGAGCUGCGGCAGAUCCUUCCGGCUGCGCAGCGGGCUGGCCAAGCAUCGCGGGCAGUGCCAGGGGAAGCGCUGGGCUGCUGCCUGCUGGGCCUGCGAGUGAGGGGGGG